AUGACUACUCGCGGCGACUCACCCUCUCCGCCCCCGCCAAUCAAUUCGUACUGGUUCUACUCAUCCCCGUUCCCCCUCGAUGAUCCCUUGCGCCGUUUCCGAUUCCCACCGCCGCCACAGCUCAGACGAAAUACCCACCACACGCAACGCGCCCGAGAAGCAGAGCGCGGCAGGGCUGCAGCAGCACUGUCGUCAAUCUUCCGUGGAACCUCGCCGAAAGCUAUUGGGAGAAGGGCAUCCAAUGAGACAAGCACUAGCACAGCUACGAUACGGGAAGUCGCGAAGGAGGGACAUUUGCAGUUCAAGGAGGGGGGGUCUAGCGAGGUAGCUAUUGAGAUUACAGACGAGAUGGGCACUGGUCGUGGGAAUAGUUGGGAGGAGAAAUCGUUGCGCAAGGGGUCGCCGUCCUCCCUACGGCAUUUGUAUUCUGGGUCGCCGAGCUCUAGCUCGCCGGUGAGUACAGGGUUGGGUACAAGCCCCGGUUAUGGUGGGCUUGGUACUUCCCCGAAUACUAGGAGCGGUACCACGAGAACGCCGUUUAUUCGCUCGUUAACGCAGUCAAGGGCAAUGACUAUGCCAAACACAACGAGCAGGUCUUCCUCGACGUCGCGGAGAUCUAGUGUGAAGAAGGCCUCACCGCCACCGACACCGCCAAUACAGACGGAGAUACCGGUUGGACUACAAAGACUCCAUCAGGUCUUACUCCCGAGCUUUAUUAUGACACCGAUAUAUUGGAGCCCGUUACAGGAUGUGGCUUCGGUUAUGCGGGGAACUUGGUUCUAUAAAGAUACAAUGCUUCCGGUUGAAGCUAAUAUUGCAAACCGGCUUGAGGCUGGGUGGGAGGAAGUUAGGGCAUGGACGGAAGAAUGGGAAAUGGAGCUCUCAAGUGCCGUUGAGGUUGGCCGCGAGGGCGAGGAGAAAGUAAGGUGGCAAUUGUUUGACAAGAGUACUGCUUCUGCCCCGCCAACACGCCCGGGAACUUCACUCGGUGACGGGAACCAAGAAGGGGGGAUGAGCAGUUUCGAGACAGAGCAUCCGAUCAGCUCUGCAAGUCUGAAGUCAGGUGUGGCCGGUAGCGUAACACCAGGGCAAACGACGGUGAAUGAAGCCGAUUGGGUCUUAUUUGCUAAUGCAGUUGAUGCGUAUAUCUGUCGUGAUACUAUGUUGAGUUUCGGGAAUAAAAGACCACUGGCAAAUAUAAGAAAGGGGAAAGUUGUCGGAACACAUGUAGUCCGAGGAUUUCAGCAAGAUGUGUGGGAACGCCUUAACCCAUCCAGCAAGAAAAAGAAGGUUGCAGCGUCUGGCACUGCAGCUAGAAAGGCGAGGUCAACAUCUACCUCCGGUGUUAGUACGCCCACCGAAGCACGGGAAAGAGAAAAAAGACGAAGCACAACCGGUAGUGCGGAGGUACCGAAGGAAGAUUUUGAGACAUCGCCAUCAGAGGGCCUAGGACCCGAUGAUGAGGAAAGGAUAGAAGUCACAGAUCUAUUUUUGGUGAUUCAUGGGAUUGGACAGAAACUGAGUGAAAGGGUCGAGAGUUUCCAUUUUACACAUGCGAUAAAUUCUUUUAGACGACAUAUAAAUGUGGAACUUAGAGAUCCAGCUGUGAGACCACUUCUUCGGGAUGGCGGAAAAGUCGGGAUGAUGGUGCUACCUAUAAACUGGCGUCACAAUCUCUCAUUCGAUGAAGAAGGUCUCUCCAACGGACAUUCCAACAACAGCGAAAACGACUUCUCUCUUGAAGAUAUUACUCCCCCGUCAAUCCCAGCUGUGCGUAACUUGAUUGGUGAUGUCAUGCUCGACAUCCCUUACUACCUCUCCCACCACAAACAAAAAAUGAUUGGCGCGGUUGUGAAGGAGGCAAACCGAGUGUAUGGUCUAUGGCGCCAGAAUAACCCAGACUUUGAAAAGAACGGCGGUCGAGUUCACAUUAUCGCACACUCACUUGGAACGGCAAUUGCAAUGGAUAUCCUCUCUAACCAGCCUACCCAUGUGCCCCAAGAUAUGAAGAGGGAAACAAGAGAUACCCAGUUUGACUUUGAUACUAAAAACGUCUUUUUUGUUGGAUCUCCGGCUGCAUUUUUCUUACUUCUCAACAAGCGAACCUUGCUGCCCCGGCGUGGAAGGGACAAGACGGAAUGCGACUCAUCGGACACUGAUCCACAUGUCACCGGUUUGGCGGGAACCUACGGUUGUAUGGCCGCCGACAACAUCUAUAACGUCCUUCAUUACUCAGACCCCAUUGCGUACCGUCUCAACCCUACUGUCGACGCAUCGUAUGCAGCCUCUUUGCGCACUGCAUACGUUCCUAGCACUGCAACAACAUUCCUCGAUACUCUCAUCCGAACUGUUUAUCCAUCAUCGUCAGCAAACGUACCAAAUACUCCAUUCUCGCGUCUACCAUCAACUAUAGAGCUCGAAACACACGACUUUUCGCGCGAAGAGCUCGCUGAAAAGAGGUUGUAUUUAUUGAACGACAACGGGCAGAUUGACUACUUUUUGCAAAGCUCGGGGGCCUUGGAGAAUCAAUAUCUGAAUAUGUUAGGCGCUCAUAGUUCGUACUGGGAGAGUAGAGACUUUAUUCGCUUUUGCGUUGUGGAGGCCGGAAGAAAGGGGGGGAGAAGCGGAUGCGUGAGGGGAAUGUGCGUGAGGAAGAAGAGAGGAUGGAAAUAA